UGCAGAGUAGAAAAAAAACUGAAACAGAGCAAGUAACGUUGAUCCAAAAAUUGCAAGCUUAGAAGAAGCUUGGAAUCUUCCUUAAUCAUCUCCUCAUCUUGACUUUACCCCUUCAAUCCAGCUAAUCUCUAAACCCUUUUCUUCCCUUCCUUCUUUCUUCUUCUGUAUAUUUAUUAUUACAUAUAUGUAUAUAAAUAUGACCCUGUUCUCUGUUACCUCCACUUUUGACUUUCAAUCUAAACAGAUGAAAUGACCCGCCAUUUUCUCCGUUUCUUCUGCUUAUUUUUUGUAAUAUUUCUAGGGGUUUUGGGCUUAGAAAGCUGGGCAAGUCCCCUUUCAGAGGCGUUUAAAGAUGAGUCAGAAGGCUUGGUUCGAACUGCAGGAAGGUCCCUCUUGUCUCUUCCACAUGGUAAGCGUGCUACAAGAAUAGGUGCUGCCUUGGAUGGGAAAGUGUCUAUGAGAGAUGAUAAUGGGAGAGUGGUUUGGAGCUUUGCGACUGGCUCACCCAUUUACACUUCAUAUCAGGCUCCACUCAAUCAAGAUAAUGCCUCUGAACGAACCAACACCUUCUUUAUAGAUUGUGGAGAUGACUGGGGCUUGUAUGCGCACGGCCAUCUCGGUAUAAUGAAACUUCCUGUAACUAUUGACGAAUUCAUAAAAAGUACCCCGUACAUAUCAGAGGAAGGUGGAGUUACACUUGGAUCUAAGAAAACUACUGUCUUUGUGGUUGAGGCUAAGACUGGAAGGUUGGUUCGUGUUUACAGGUCAUCUGGUUCUCCAGCUUCACCGGAGAGCGAUGAAGAGGAGAAUGUUUUACAUAAGUAUGAUGAAGUUAAUAAAGAGCUGGAGAAGUCUGGUUUAACAAAACAUGCUGAGCUGCAUCUCCUUUUCAUCACAAGGACAGAUUACACACUGGAUUCUUUCAACCCAAACUCAGAUUUGUCAUGGAGAAUGACAGUUGCUGAAAUUGGAUAUGCUUUUCUUUGUCAAGAUAUUGAGAAUCCGUUUAUUACAGCCACUAUGAAUACUAGCUAUGAGCUUGGUCCAGAAAUUGGCAGUGACUUUGAUAUGCCAUUUGCAUGUCAAUCUAAAGGCAUUAUCCAGCGAUUUCGUAAGCAUGAUGAUUUAGAUUCUUCUGCAAUGGCUGAUCAUGAUGACUCAGUGCUACCAUUGCCAGCUCCCAAUCCAGUGCUUCCUUCCCAGCCUAAGGUUGAUGGAACAUUAGACAAUCAUGAGAAACCUAAGAUGCUUACAGCACCUGCUCCAGACCCCAUGCUUCCAUUGCAACCUGAAGAUGAUAAAUUACCUAGAUAUAACAAUAAUGAUGAAAGGGAAGUGCGCAGGUUCCCUCCUUUGAAGACUAAAGUUUCUGCGAAAGUUAAUGCAUAUAAUGUGAGAAUGCCUUAUAAUGGUGUGUUGAGCAUUUUUCUCGAGCGCUCAACUGCAUCCAUUAUUUGUGUUCUAAUUUUUGUGGGCUUUAUCAUUUAUCGUUAUGAUCUAGUGGCUAAAGGACAAUAUCUGUUGUAUGGACAUCUCAUUAAUUCUAAUUUGAAAAUUGCCGCUUCAAAAAGGAAGAAAAUCCGAAAAUCAGGAAAGAGUACUGAUGGUAUUGAGAAAAAUGGCCAGCACAUGUCAUCUGAAAACGAGGAUGAAUUUGCAGUUACUAAGGAUAGUAACAAACUGUUUAUGGACCUUAAUAAAGUUGUUGAUGGUGCUGUUCAUGGACGUAGGAUUGGUAAGUUGAUUGUCUCAAAUAUAGAAAUAGCCAAGGGAAGCAAUGGUACUAUCGUCCUUGAGGGAAUUUAUGAAGGUCGUCCAGUUGCUGUGAAACGCCUUGUCCGAGCUCAUCACGAUGUGGCUUUUAAAGAAAUUCAAAAUCUCAUUGCAUCUGAUCGACAUCCAAACAUUGUUCGAUGGUAUGGAGUGGAGAAUGAUCAAGAUUUUGUGUAUCUGUCUCUAGAGCGUUGUACAUGCAGCUUAGCUGAUUUGAUUCAAAUUUGCUCGCACUCAUCUCAUAACUCUGUCUUCAGUGAUGAACAAGCAUCAAAAGCUAUGAUUGAAUAUAAGCUCCGGUUGAAUUCAGUUAAGGGUAUGAUGCAGGGUCUUAAGUUGUGGAAAGAAAAUGGCCAUCCAUCACCUAUAUUAUUGAAAUUGAUGAGGGAUAUCGUUUGUGGGCUUGUGCAUCUGCACGAGUUGGGAAUAAUUCACCGGGACCUGAAGCCUCAAAAUGUGCUGAUAAUGAAGGAAAGAUCUUUAUGUGCAAAGCUUUCUGAUAUGGGCAUUAGCAGGCGCCUCCUUGGGGAUAUGUCUUCCUUGGGUCAUCAUGCUACUGGUAGUGGCAGUUCUGGCUGGCAAGCACCUGAACAACUUCUUCAUGGACGCCAAACUCGCGCAAUAGACUUGUUUAGUUUAGGCUGUGUCCUGUUUUUCUGCCUCACUGGUGGUAAACAUCCAUUUGGUAAUAAUCUUGAACGUGAUAUCAAUAUAACGAAAAAUAAAAUGGACCUGCUUUUAGUGAGUUUUAUUCCUGAAGCUGAGGAUCUUAUUUCCAGUUUGUUAAACCCUGAUCCUCAAUUGAGGCCAAGUGCAUUGGAAGUGUUGCACCAUCCUCUUUUUUGGAAUUCUGAGACAAGACUGUCAUUUCUUCGUGAUACUAGUGACCGGGUAGAAUUAGAAGACAGGGAGACUUACUCCAAUCUCUUGAGAGCACUAGAAAGCACCGCUUCAUUGGCUCUGGGUACAAAAUGGAAUGAAAGGAUAGAACCUGCGUUCCUCGCUAAUAUUGGCCACUACCGCCGUUAUAAGUUUGACAGCGUGCGAGACCUAUUGCGAGUCAUGAGAAACAAAUUAAAUCAUUAUAGAGAACUUCCCAAAGAGAUUCAGGAACUUGUAGGGCCAGUUCCAGAAGGAUUUGAUGAGUAUUUUGCAAGUCGAUUCCCAAGACUCUUUAUUGAAGUAUAUAAAGUUGUUCACAGAUACUGUAGGGAAGAGGAAUGCUUUCAGAAAUACUUCAAAAGUAACACUGCUUAGAUAUUUGGCCCCAUGUACUUAUGAAGAUUUAUGGUCGAAAAUUGCUGCACUAUGCGGAGAUUGAUAGACGUCAUACUUAUCCAUUUAUCUGUACUUCACUUGCUGUAUAUAUAUAUAUAGCUGUAAUUAUGGCUGCAAUCCAAUAAUAUGUAUGAAAUCAGUUCAAUUAAUCUGAUCUUCACUACAAAGUAACUUAGUAUGUUUGUUGUUCUUCCUUAACCGAAGCUAUUACAAGAUUGUGUCGCUUACAAAUAA